AUGCCAACCAUGGUGUCAAGAGCAAUUUUGGGUGCUACAGCACCGUUGAUUCACGAGAUGUCCUGUGACAUCGAUCCCGCUGCGGCCUAUGCGAUAGCGGUCAAUGACCGACCAAAGCAUCUGUUCCGUGAUUGCCACGACAAAAAGUUCAAUCCCGGGCAGACCUCUUGGUGCUAUUUGCAUUCAGCGAGGUGCUGCAUUCCAGCUGCCAAGAGUGUCAACCUCUAUGUCGCUGGCUUUAUAUGCAAAGCCAACUCGCAGCUGAACACUGGUCGCUUUACACAUGAUGUCACAGAGUCAAAGCACUUCAAGUCGUUUGAGGCAUGCGUCAAAUUUAUUCGAUCGGCAGCGCCGAAUAUCGCUGUGCUGGAAAAUGUUUCUGGCAUUAACUGUGUCAAGAAGGCCGGUUCAGAUGAAACUGUUUUGUCAGUGGUCAUGAAACAGUUGAACGACAUUGAGGGCUAUGAGUGGCAGCACUUCAACCUGGAGAGUUAUGUCCUGCCAUCAGUGCGCCCACGAGUUUACUUCAUUGGCACCAGAGGCGGCGACUUCAAGAAGAUUGCAGACAUGGUUGAAAAGUGCAGCGAGGCAGCCAAGCUCAUGCCACGACAUCACGUGGAGACUUUUCUGCUCGAGAAGCCAGAGAUGAGCCCCUAUGCGGGGAAGGUUCUGUCGGCUCCAGAGUCAGACGAGCAGAGUAAGUUGCAGGGCAAGGCCGCCUACACAAGUUGCCUGGCCAGGGCAAGGGAGAGGGCCCUCAAGCGUCAAUAUGGACAGAUUGCUACGAAUCAGAAAGUGGCCGAGCAUGCAGAGUCGAAACACUGCAGCGAUGCCACGGCAUGGAUGCAGAGUCAAGUCGAUGUAUACCAUCAGGUUGCAGACAACCUGACAAUGGAAGAGGAGCCCCUCCAUGGCCAUGGAAUUGCCGACGCCGCUUGCCAGCAUUCCACAUUGCUGCAAUUGGAUGUAGCCGUGACUAAGCCUCUGCAUCAUGCAGCCCAGGUGGGCCAAAGCACAGAGCGCGGCCAUGUUUUUGUGCACGGCAUGAUCCCCACACUCGCCACUUCCAGCAGGUUGUGGUCUUUUGAGCGUCAUCGUGAAAUCCUCCCAGAAGAGCUGAUGUCGAUGCAAGGCCUGUCAGACUAUAACUUUGCAGGUCUGACACUUGGGCAAUGCAAGCCAGCUGGUAAGCCGGGACUGAGAGCCAGUGCCAAGAUGCAUCUUGAAAACCAAGCCUUUUCAAACUGUGCUGAGAGGAACAUCGACCUGCGCAUUCGUGGCGACAUUACUGAGCAAAUCCUGGCCGUCUACAAGGACUACAAGAAUGCCAGCUUCAUGUUUAUUUGUGACCCGAAACGAAAUAACAGGGUCAACGACUACCGCCGCCUGCCUGUGAUGGAGAAGAGCUUCUUCGAACAGGUUUCCGCCGGUCUCUUUGAAGAAGGCGGCCCCUUCCGGCCGGACCAUGAUCUCCUUCUCCUUUUCGACGGUCGUGUGGCAACACAUGCGAAUCAUAUCAGAUCCGUAAUCAAGAAAGGCACGGAGAACAAAAUUCUACCUGCAAGGGGAUCCUGCACAUUGCGACUGAUGCACACGAAUCGUGAAUUUGGAGCUGGAGGCCAUUUCAGGAGUCGAAAGAGUCACGGUGCCAUGAAUCCCAAUUUGCCGGACCCUCUCGAAUCGCUCUACAUCCUCACAGGGUCAAACCGCUGGAAAGCACUUCCGCACCGAGAGCGUCAAGUCAUAGACCUCCCCGGCGACAAUGGGUCGCGCGGUUGGGGCCAGCUGUCACUUAGGCAACCGCGUGACCUUGAACUGAACCAAGUCUCGCAAGAGGUCAAGGAUCUGAUCUUGGGCAAGGCAUCGGGUGGGGAAGAAGUGGCCGGUCAGAGUCAAGACCCGCAGGAGGACGCAACGGAUGCAACAACGAUGCCAGCAGUGCCUUUGUUCCCCUGGGAGGCACCGGAAGCAUUGUGGUCAGAGCUGCAUUGGUGUCUGUCCCACCACGACACGAACAUGGAGACCGUCAUGGUGGACUUGACUCCAGGGUCAGGAGUUGCGGCCACCGCUGCUGCUCGCAAAGGCUUGAAGUACGUGUGCUUCCCCUCCAAGCAGCUCCAGGCCGAUCUUAUCCUCGAGACAGCGGCUCAAGCAGCAUUUGCUCUACUCUGCUGGUUGACAAUAUGA